AUGUCUUUUUCGAUAUUGCUUACGUUGGCCCUCUCUCAGAUUGUUGCUGCUGGCGCAGUAUCCUCAGGACAUCUGGAUCUAAACGUCAACCUGGAGCGUCGGACUGUCGAUUUAUCCACGGAGUAUACCGUGGAUAGAUCCUUACUGGCAAUCCAGAUUGGCGGCCUUGUUGGAGCCUACGUGAUCUUCGUUGCCAUUUUAUUGACCCUUCUACUGCUUGUUGGACGGCGACUGCGAAGAGCAGUGCAAGCAUCAAACUUUACUCUCCAGGUCGAGAUGAUGAGACCGGCCAAACCACCUGUUAGCAUAGAUCCCAGUCCUAUCACCCCGAUGUCUGCCCAUUUGCCUAGCCCUGGCAAGCCAAACUUCAGCAGGUCCUGGAGUAGCUUGGCCAAAGGCCCUAAAUCUCAUAUAUCCGGCAAUGGCAGUGCCGCGACCAUCGAUGAAUCGGUGGUGGCAUACGAUCGUCGCCGGGCUCAGGAGGAGAUGGAAAUGCUCUAUGCUGCAGUCAUGGAGCAUGACGCGCAGAGAGCAGCUGGGAUUGAUACCUCAAAGCAAGAAGUGGAAAUCCAAUCGCCGGACAGCGUGCAUACCAAUCCUUUUACCGAUCGCUCCUCUCACAUAUCAGAAAGAGCUUCGAUCUCACAGAUGAAACCUUCAAUCAGUCCUCCCCCGAUGAGCCCCAAGAGCUCCCGGUUGUCGAGAAUCUCGUCACUGUCGUUGUUCGGUUCGAACUCGCGCCCGCAGGCCAACGGUGGCAAGAUCCGAUCCCCUCGCCUGCCACUCCAUAAGCUGUCCAUCUCCUCACCUGUGGGUUCUCCUGACGUGACGGCAACUAUCUCUUAUGGCGAAGAUCAAAUACCGUUGACCCCUCGACUUUACAAGCCGGCCCCCCCUCCGCCACCCCCGCCCAUCACAAUCAGUCAAGCGUCGAGUGAGGUUUCGUUAGGGAAACCGCCCGGACGCGCCCCUGCUCCUGCUCCGCUGAGCCUUUCUACUCCGACGCACGGCUCAUCAUCUCUACCUUUUCGUGAGGCAUUCCCCUUGCAAAGCGCUCCACCGACCAAAACGACUGUGUUAGAGCGUCCUCUCCGGCCCCUCAACGGUCCUCGAACCGGCCUCCCGACGCCGUAUAGUCCUUACAUGCCCUUUACUCCCUUGACGCCGCUUACUCCCAGUCGCAUGGUGACCAAGCGACAGCGAAGACGUGAGACCAAGGAACACGGCUUGCGUGUUCUUAAUGAAGACGAUAUCGUCAAGGAUGACGAGGACAUGUGGGGUUAUUGA